UGAAUCGAGGGUCACUUGAAAUCUUUACACCGGCCAGCAUCUGUUCUUCCCAAUGUCGUCGUCGCUGUGUCUUUAUUUCUCGUCCCGACUUUUCAGUCGGAAAUAUUUAAAUAUAAACACUUUUACAACUCUCCGUAACCUGAAAAAUGAAAGACUCACCAGUAGUGACCUCAUAUCCAGAUCUACAGCUAGAUUUUCUUCAAGCGUAGCCCAGAACUAUGAUUUACAGUACCCAGGGCACAUUAAACUUACCAACGUUCAGAGGACCCUCCUCACAAUUGGUUCAGCUGCUAUGUGUCUGUAUAACCCCAAGCGAGAUGAUAUGAUCAGCACAUUUGGUGAAACCACUGGCCACUAUGCUUUGAAGAAGAUAAAAUCAAAAAUGUUACAAGACCCAGAAGGUUGCUUAGUUUUGAAAGAAAAACCAAUUAUAAACACUGAAAACAUAGAUUAUGAAUAUCUCAAUAAUUUACCUGACGGAACUCUGGGUAAAGAAUAUUGGCGUUUCCUUAAUUACAAUGGUUUCGAUCCCGAUGGCCGACGGCCUGUUCAUUUCGUUGAUGAUCCAGAUCUCGUCUACAUCAUGCUGCGUUACAGACAGACCCAUGACUUGAUCCAUGCAUUGCUGGGUAUGCCUCCCCACAUGUUAGGGGAAGUAGUUGUCAAGUGGAUAGAGGCCCUACAGACUGGUUUACCUAUGUGUAUAACUGCGGCAGUUUUUGGUCCCCUACGACUUGGCCCAAAACAUUCUCAGUUAUACUGGAGUGAAUUUAUGCCAUGGGCCAUUCGUUGUGGACGGAAUUCAAAAUUUCUUCUGUCUGUGUAUUUUGAGAAAUAUUGGGAAGAGAAUGUUGUUGAUUUACGUCAGAAACUGAAUAUUGAACCUCCACCCAAAAAUCUCUUCAUGAAAGACAAACGCAGUUUGCCAGGAGACGAUUCUAUUUCUGAAUAACAAGAUGACAUAUAAUAAAGGUAGUCACACCCCUACAUAUAUGGUGUAGUUCUGUUUGCUAAAGGGUGUAAGUAUUAAAUAUGUUGUUGUGAAUGAUAAAUAUAUCUGUGAAGCUAGUCACAAUUACAUUUAGUUCUAUUUACUAUAGCAGCAGGCCUGGCUGUGUGGUUGAGAAGCUUGCUUUCUGACCACAGGGUUUCAGGUUCAGUCCCACAGCAUUGCACCUUGGGCAUAUGUCCUCUACUACAGCCCUGACCAAGCAAAGAAUUGAGAGUGGAUUUUGUAGAUGGAAACUGAAUGAAGCCCAUGUACUCUUAACCUAUUCCUCAGACAGAAUCAGUGUGACUCAAGGUUUUGCCCAAGAUACCAUGUGGCGGGAUUGAACCUGGGACCUCAUAUUAAAAAAUAUAUAUACAUAUAUAUAUAUAUAUAUAUACACAUAUAUGUAGACAGUCCUCAGUCAAAUCGUCCAACCCAUGCUAGCAUGGAAAGCGGACGUUAAAUGAUGAUGAUGAUAUAUAUAUAUACACACACACGCACGUAUGUAUGCAUAUAUAAAUAUAUAUGUAUAUACACACACAUAUAUACUUACAUAUAUAUAGACACAUGCAUCUAUGUGUGCAUAUAUAUAUAUAGAUAAAAGACAAUCCCAGCUAUGUAUAGGUAUCUCCAUUCCAUAGUAAAUAGAAUUAAGUUAUAUUUAAUCCUGUAGUUGUGACGAACACACAAUUGGGAAGCUUGUUACAGCUCUACUUUUAGGUGAAUUUUGUUUUGCCACACGCUAGAACAACUCAUAAUAAACUUGUUUUCUACAAAUAAA